ACUCCAAUAAUCACAUCCAAUGACUGUGAGGGGGCUGGAGAACUCUUUCAAGUUGAACCUUCAAGCAAAGCAAAGGUACCUGAAGAGAAUUUCUUUGAUGUUCCUGCUUUCUUAACUGUCUCGGGACAACUUCACCUAGAAGUGAUGUCAGGAGCUUUUACUCAAGUGUUUACCUUUGGUCCAACAUUUCGAGCUGAGAAUUCUCAGAGCCGGAGACACCUGGCAGAGUUUUAUAUGGUAGAAGCCGAGAUUUCUUUUGUUGAGAGUCUUCAAGAUCUCAUGCAGGUCAUGGAGGGGCUCUUCAAGUCCGCAACAGCGAUGGUUCUUGCCAGCUGUCCCGAGGAUGUUGCGCUCUGCCACAGGUUCAUUGCUCCGGGCCAAAAGGACAGAUUAGAACAUAUGCUAAAAAACAACUUUUUAACCAUUUCUUACACGGAAGCCGUGGAGAUCUUAAAGCAGGCGUCCCAGAACUUAACCUUCACCCCAGAGUGGGGUGUUGAUCUACAUACUGAACAUGAAAAGUACCUGGUGAAGCACUGUGGCAACAUACCAGUCUUUGUCAUUAAUUAUCCAUUAGCACUGAAGCCUUUCUAUAUGAGGGACAAUGAAGAUGGGCCUCUGCACACAGUUGCUGCUGUUGACCUUCUGGUUCCUGGAGUUGGAGAGCUCUUUGGAGGAAGCCUCCGAGAGGAGCGAUACCAUUUCUUAGAGCAGCGGCUGGCCAGAUCAGGACUGACAGAAGCCUAUCAAUGGUAUCUGGACCGCCGUCGAUUUGGAUCUGCGCCACAUGGAGGUUUUGGGAUGGGAUUUGAAUGCUAUCUACAAUGCAUCUUGGGAAUUGACAAUAUAAAAGAUGUCAUCCCUUUUCCAAGAUUUACUCAUUCAUGUAUUUUGUAACUGGAAGACUGGUUAAGGGAAAUCAUGCAAGCCAGAGGUGCUGUACACACAUGUACCUACAGGAGAACGCAUGUUUGGGAUUUAGAAGAGGCAGCUGAUCGAUGUUUCUCUCUCAUCGAUGUUUCUAACUCUCUAUC